UUCACUAUGGCGAUCAGACGCAGACAAGACAGCAUCUGCACCCCCUCAGUGUAGAGGGGAUCCCCGGCUGUCACUAGAGGGGGGUCACAGACGGGCACGAACAACAAGAGUCACCCUACCCCUCCUGCAGCACUACACACCCAGCCCCCACCCAGCACUGCCACAGAACAAAGUCCUUUUCAUACUGAGCCAUGGAGCCAGCACUGAGGAGCUAACUGUUUACUUUAUACGUUGUCAGUUCUCUACUUCUCUCUUGUUUUUACAAAACCAAGUCCUUUCAGGAUGCUGUUGAGAGCCACAACAACGUUCACAUUCAAACAGGACCCAAAUGACAACUUGGAGGGAAAAUCAAAGCUUCAAAGUAAUCUCACGGCUUGCAGCACCAAUCUGAAGACCCUACCAGGAGAGAGUGUGAAAGUGGAAGUGACGGUAAAAAAACGAUUAUUCUUUAAAGAUGGCCACCUGUAUCUUCCAGGAACUUUGUAUUGUACAAGUCACAGAAUCGCUUUCAGAUCUGAACUGUACCAUUCAAACCAGGAUUCCUCUAAACAUCUGCUGGUUGACAAUGACAACGACGUUGCUCUUGCUUGUAUUGACAAAAUUGUGGCUGUGGCCAACCAGUCCAAAAUGAAGGUAUUAACAGCCCAGUCCAACCUGAAGUUUACCCCAGAGGAGCUAUUGAUAUAUUGUAAAGGGUUCCAACUCAUACACUUCAAUUUCAGUGGCAAGUCACAGCUGUCAGAUGCCCUUAAGAUAACAAGGGCCAUUAUUGAGAAUCAACAGAAGAACGGCCUGGCCAUGCAACCUGGAAGUAAUAAACUUAUUAACAGCAUGGAAAGGGGUAAGAUGGACUUCCCUACGCGGAUGUUUGAGUCCUCUGAAGACUGGGAAAGUGAGAUAGAGAGGCUUGGUGCUUCAGCCUGGAGAGUGAGUCCUGCAAAUGAACGCUGUGACUCUUCUACAAGCCUCUCCAAGUACCUUGUGGUCCCCUGUAAAUUGCUUGAUAAUGACCUUAAGAAGACUUUCACACACUUUAACCAGAGGCGCAUCCCUAGGUGGUGCUGGCAUCAUUCAGGUGGGAGUGACUUGCUCAGGUCAGCUGGAUUUCAAACCACAACGGAUCCAGACAAGGAUGACAUUAGGUGUAUAUUGAGCCUGCUGUCUGCAAACCAUUCCCAGUGUGUGAUUGUGGACACCAGCGAUGAACUUCCGACUGUGCCUGACAUCCAACUUUCCUUCCUGAGAUUGCGCAGCCUCUGUCUGAAUGAUGCCUCUGUAGCAGUAUCUGAUGAGAAAUGGCUUUCUAACCUUGAAGCUACACAUUGGUUGGAUCAUGUGAGGUUCUGCUUGAAGAAGGCCAGCGACGUCUCUGUUUUGCUAAGUGAAAGAAGACGUUCUGUGGUCCUCCGAGAGUCAUCGGAUCGAGACAUGAACUGCCUGCUGACGUCCUUGGUACAGGUGAUCUCAGAUCCCCAUGCUCGCACCUUCUCUGGGUUCCAGAGUCUAGUUCAGAAGGAGUGGAUCUCAUCAGGUCACCCCUUCCUACAGAGGAUUAACCCAUUCAAGGAAAAUGACAAAGAAGAGUCCCCAGUAUUUCUGCUUUUCUUGGACUGUGUCUGGCAGCUCAUUCAGCAGUUUCAAUCAGCUUUUGAGUUUACAGAGUCAUAUCUCAUAGCUCUUCAUGACAGCACUUACAACCUCUUCUGUAACAACUUUACUCACAACUGCCAAUGGGACAGGAGCAGAGGAAGCCAGCGCCACUCGUUUAGCCAGACGUAUACUCCUGUUAAUGGUUGGCGAAAUAUUAUGCGGGAGUACAAUUCAGCUAAGGAAGGAACUCAAGGACCCCCAAAUGUGUGGGAAUGGAGUAUGUUUUACAGCCAUUACCAUAGGCAGCAGUUUAAGAAUCCUACAUACCAAAGCAGGGAGCCCUCUGUACUCAAUGGCAAUGGAAUAACAAAUGAUACAGACAAGCUGGAUCCUUUUAACCAAACCACAGUGUACCUGCUUUCCAAGGGCUCUCUCAUACUUCAGUCUCCGUUCUUACCAUGGAAAAGUGGCACUGUUUCCAAGAGAGUGGCACGACGGGCCCAGUCAUCAGAGAGUCUGCUCGAAGAGGAGAGGCAGCUCCGGAGCAACCUCAGUCCCCCCCACUGCACGUCUGACUUGCUGCUCCCUCUCUGUGUGGGACCCUGGGUCCAACUGUGGAGGAGAUGUUAUCUGCGCUGCUCUCCAGAAAUGCAGUGUGACGUUUCAACGUUGUCUACCGCAAGCCUUGCUAAAGAACUGAACAUUCUGCAGGAGAAGCUUAAGAACCAGUGCGUAGACAGAAGCCAGAAACAAAGGAACUUAAACCAGACAACAAGAAAAGGCUCAUCACCUGCCCCCUACAGAUAACAGACACAAUGUAAAAUGAACACAUCAUUCUUAUAUAACUGUAAAUUGAUGAGGAAGACAAGUCAUGGGUCACAUGCUAUUUAUACAGUAGUAAUACUAUAUGUAAUGUCUUGUUAGUGGCACCAAUUAAAUAUAAUGUAGGUGCCCAAAUCAUAUUAUCCAGCAAUGUGUGUUACUGUGCAGCCAUCAUUUUAGUUCAGAUUAGAAUUAUAUGUUAAAGGUACAUGCUAAUUCCCCAUAAAAAGUUUACAAUGCA